AACUCAUUCCAUUCCCAAUUUCAAUUCCACCAUGACGCAUCCCAUUCUAUUGGUUGGACUUCUAAUAGUACUAUACUUUAGUGGUUUGCAAGCUGAAAAUGCCUUCUUACAAUACUGGGAAGAGCAUAUUGGUCUUCCACACCCUCCACAUUGGUUAGCUGCAAAGGCUUCUCCAUUAAGCCUCCAUCAGGCAACAAUGUUUAUGAAAGUUAUGGAGGAAAAUGAUUUGGCUUCUCACCUGCAUUUGUUUUGUAAGCAGGCUAAUAUUGCUUGUUCUACAAAUGCACUUGUGAAGAAGACAACGAACGACACAACUCUGCCACCAAUAGCCCCAUGGAAUGAUGACAAACUGAAAUAUCACCUUCCAAAUGAAACACCCUUGUCGGUUGCCAGCCAAGGGGGAUUACCAUAUUUUCGAGAAUCAAUGGUGAAAGAGGGAAGUUAUAUGCCUAUCCCUGAUCUAAGGGACCCAAUUUCAUAUAAAUCAUUCUUGCCGCGAUCCCUAGCAUCAAAAAUCCCAUUUUCUUUUGCCCAACUUGAGGAAUUGAAGAAGCUUUUUGGUCUAGUGGAUGAAUCAAACAUGGAUGAAUAUAUUCAAGACACCCUUAAGGUAUGUGAGGAGAGUCCCAUUCAAGGUGAGCAAAGCACCUGUGCAACUUCUGCCGAGGAUUUCAUUGAUUUUGUUGUCGAAAAACUAGGGCAUCAUGUACGCGUAUGGAGUACUGAGAGUGUUGAAGGAUCAUAUGAGAAUGUCACAUUUGGAACUGUGAAACUCAUAUAUGGAAACCUCUCCGAACCUCCAACCUUAUGUCAUAGUCAGCCAUUCCCAUUUCAGAUAUAUUAUUGCCAUGUUUUACCGAAAGUAAAAGUAUAUGUAGUUGAUAUACAUGCUCGGAAGAAAGUGAAUCAUGCGAUCAUGGCAUGUCACUAUGACACAUCAACUUGGAAUCCAAAUCAUAUUGCUUUUAAGUUACUUGGUUUUGGCCCAGGACUUAUUGAAGUCUGUCAUUGGAUAAAUGAGAAUGGAGUGGUCUGGACGAAGACUUUAGGUUGAG